CAUUUAGUAAAAUACCGUAAUUACAGCUGUUGUAGAAACUAGAAAGCAAAGUACGACACGCAAAAUAACUUCCUGCUUUUUUGGCGUGAGAAGAGAUUUCAGCGUUCUCCAAUCCUUCCGCAUUUCUCUUCACUUCGUUGAUCUCCCUUAGGAAUUAGAUCGAUGUCGAUCUCUCAAAACUCACACGCUCCCGAAAGCUCUCUUGCUAGGCUUGCUCCGGUUGAAGCGGUUUUAUUCGAUGUCGAUGGAACUCUGUGUGAUUCUGACCCCCUUCAUUAUUUUGCUUUUAGAGAGAUGCUUUCAAAGAUUGGUUAUAACAAUGGAAUCCCCAUAGAUGAAGAAUUUUUCAUAAAAAAUAUUUCGGGAAGGCACAAUGAUGACAUUGCUAGUAUCUUAUUUCCAGGCUGGGAUUUUGAAAAAACUGCUAAAUUUGUAGAUGACAAGGAAGCUAUGUUUAGAAGGAUUGCGACCGAACAGUUAAAGCCAAUAGACGGCAUCCACAAGCUAUGCAAUUGGAUUAAGGAUCAUGGCCUGAAGCGUGCAGCUGUAUCCAAUGCGCCGAGGGCAAAUGCAGAGCUUAUGAUCUCGAUGCUUGGUCUUUCAGACUUUUUCCAGGUUGUCAUAGUUGGAAGUGAAUGCGAGAGAGCCAAACCUUUCCCUGAUCCUUACCUGAAGGCCCUCAAGGAGCUCAAUGCAUCGGCUGAACACGCAUUUAUCUUCGAGGACUCAGCAUCAGGAAUAAAAGCCGGAGUGGCUGCGGGAAUGCCCGUUAUCGGCUUAACGACGAGAAAUCCAGAGAAAUCUCUGAAGGAAGCAGGAGCUACCUUCCUCAUUAAGGACUAUGAAGAUCCAAAGCUUUGGAAGGCAUUGGAAGAGUUGGAAAAGAUGGAGCAAUCCUGAGAUGCCAAUUUUAGUGUUUCCAAAUCAUUCAAAGAAAAAAAGAGAGUACGACAUCGAACACUCGAUCUUUUCAUUGUUGUUAGCCGCAGAAUAGAAGAUCGAGAACUCUGCAAAAAUAAUUUUUGAACCAAUAAGAUAUGUUGGUGAAAUCUAGAUAUCGGAUGGCUGAUUCACCAAAUGGUCAUUUUAUAUUGUCUACAUUUAUUACUCAUGAAUCGAUUUAUUAUGUACUUUUUAAGAUUGAGCUACACUGUCUGUCUGAUGAUUAAACAACUAUGCGACCAAUUUUAUCA